AUGUCCAUGUUCGUCAUGUCGCUCAACAGUACUGUCGUUGCCCCAGCAAUGUCUAUCAUUGCCACAGAACUAGAAGCUUUGGAGAAACAAACUUGGAUUGCAACUUCGUUUAUGGUUGCUAUGAUUUCAUUUCAACCAUUAGCAGGAAAGUUUUCCGACAUCUUUGGUCGAAAACCUGUUCUCCUAUUUGGAUUAUGCUCCUUUUGGAUCGGAUCACUCAUCACGGCACUUAGUCCUAGUAUUGACGGUGUCAUUGCCGGUCGAACUAUUCAAGGUUUCGGAGCCGGUGGCAUUUUCUCCAUGAUGUUUGUCGUUGUUUCCGAGCUUGCGACGCCUGAAUGGAAACCUCGUCUGCAAUCCAUGUUGACAGUCAUCUACGGCUUGUCCAGUGUGGUCGGCCCAUUAAUCGGCGGUGCUUUUGUCGACUAUCUUACCUGGCGCUGGGAUUUCUGGCUCAACCUCAUUGUUGCUGGUAUACCCAUUCUGAUAAUGACCUUUUUGUUUAAGGAAUCUACGCCUGUCCGUCAAGAAUCAUUUAUUGAAAAGCUCAAGCGCAUCGAUGGCCUGGGUAUUCUCUUUUCCAUCAGCUGUGUUACCUGCCUUCUUUUAGCUUUCUCAUGGGGACCUUUGUACGGCUGGGGUAAUGGUCAUAGUAUUGGCCCAUUUGUUGCUGCUGGCGUUGCGUUUAUACUAUUGAUCAUCUCUCAAAGAUGGAUAGCAAAAGAGCCUAUCAUGCCAGCCGCAGUAGUGCUUAAGCCAUCAUUAUUCACCGUAUACAUCUACAUGGUGUGCCUCGGUGUUGGUUUCGCGGGCACUCUGUACUUUGGCCCAAUUCUCUUUCAGUCUGUAUUUGGUGCCAAUAGUACGCAAUCGGGUAUUCGCCUAAUCCCAUUCAUGGGAUCUUUGAUUGCUGGGUCGCUUGGCAGCAGUAUCUUGAUCAACUAUUUCCCGUAUUUUAAGGCAUAUGUUCUUCUUGGAGCUUGUUGUAACGUUCUCGGAUACGGAUUGAUUUUUACCGUAAAUGAAAACUCGACUUGGGGACAACAAGCUGGCUACCUUGUCUUUUGCGGUCUUGCAUUCGGUUUGUCGCAGCAAAAUUGUGUAUUGGCUGUACAAACAGCUGCAGAUAAAAAGUAUAUGGCUAUCGCAACAAGUUUGAAUAAUUUCUUUCUGAUGCUUGGAUCAUCCAUUGGUAUCGCCAUCUAUCAAAUACUUUUCUCGACGUUUUUAUCAGCCGAAGUCGGCGGUUUGGAUCCGGAGAUCAAGGCGAUAGGCGCUCAAUAUGGUGCACUCGAGAAUUACCUCUAUAUUCGAAAUAUGCCUGCUGAUACCCAAGGACCGGUGAUGAAAGCCUACAUGAAUGCCCUUCAUUAUGUAUUUAUCAUUCCAUUGGUUGCAUCGAGCAUUUCUGUCAUUGCCGCUGUAUUCCUUCGCAAUGUUCGUUAUGGUACCCCUGCUCCUCCUCCUCCUCCUCAGCAAUCCGAACAACAACAUGCGAAGCAGCAAGAUGAAGAGCAGCCGCCCGCCAUUGAUGAAAAAGAUGGAUCACUGUAUGAAUCCAGUAUUGAUUCCACUUCAGUGGCAGAUGGUUCGUCGCUACAGCAGCAGCGUUAA